AUGGUCGUGAGGAGAAGAGCAGGCACUGGAUCUGGCGGGGAUGGAGCAUCGAUUCUUUCAACCAUUCGAAAUCUCGAUGCUUACGCCAAGCCCUUGGACGACUUUAGGAUAAAGACUACCUCUGGCGCUCUAGUCACCGUCAUAUCUGCAAUUGUCAUACUGCUACUAGUCGUCUCGGAAUUCGUAGACUGGCGAACCAUUCAAAUGAAACCAAGUCUACAUAUUGACAAGGCUCGCAAAGAGAAAAUGUGGAUCAAUAUAAAUGUCACCUUCCCCAAAAUACCUUGCUACUUACUCACUGUAGACGUCAUGGACGUUGCUGGAGAACAUCAAAAUGACGUGCUGCAUGACAUGUUCAAAGUCAGGCUAGACACUUGGGGAAACAAGGUCGAUACCGCAAAGAGUGAACUGGGUGAUUCUAGUGAAAAGGUUGUCAAGGCUCUGAAUUCGUCUACUACUGAUGUCAAUGGAUACUGUGGUAGCUGUUAUAAUGGUGUGCCGCCAGAAAGCGGUUGUUGUAAUACUUGCGACGAAGUCCGAUCUGCUUAUCUGGCCAAAGGUUGGUCAUUUACUUCUCCUGACGACAUUGAACAGUGCAUAUCGGAAGGAUGGUCGCAAAAAAUGAAGGACCAGGAAAAUGAAGGUUGUAACAUAAACGGUCAUAUCGAGGUCAACAAGGUGGCUGGAAACUUUCAUUUUGCUCCAGGUCGGAGUUUUCAACAAAGCAAUAUGCAUGUGCAUGAUAUGGGUGGCAUCCUGGCUGGAAAAACAUAUGAUUUUACCCAUCAAAUUCAUACUCUUGCUUUCGGAAAGCAAAUUGGAUUUCAAAAUCCUCUAGAUGGAACUGGGAAAGAUAAGCCUGCCGAUGCUGGAUCUGUGGUCUAUCAAUACUUUCUGAAAGUUGUGGGAACCCGAAUACAGUAUCGAAAUGGAACAUUAGUAGUCACAAAUCAAUUCUCUGUCACAGAGCAUGAACGAGACCCUUCUAAAACCCCGCAACAUGGAGGUUUACCAGGAGUCUUUUUCAACUUUGAAAUUUCUCCAAUGUUGGUGUUAUAUACCGAGUAUCGUAAGCCCCUCGCACACUUCUUGACGGACGUGUGUGCGAUCGUUGGAGGUGUGUUUACCGUGGCAGGAAUGGUGGACGCAGCAAUUUAUACUGCUGCGAAACUGCAGCAAAAAGUAGAAUUGGGCAAAGCUAGCUAA